ACUCGAGGAGUGACAGGCUGGGCGGCCUAUGAGCGGCGGGGCGGGGCGCGCAGGAGAAGGCUGCGCUACGGGCGGAGUAGGUCGGUGCCAUGGCGGAGAGCGACUGGGACACGGUCACGGUGCUGCGCAAGAAGGGGCCGAGCGCGGCCCAGGCCAAGUCCAAGCAGGCAAUCUUAGCAGCGCAGAGAAGAGGAGAAGAUGUAGAGACCUCCAAGAAAUGGGCCGCAGGCCAAAACAAGCAGCAUUCGAUCACUAAGAACACAGCUAAGCUGGAUCGGGAGACGGAGGAGCUGCACCAUGACAGAGUCCCCCUUGAGGUGGGCAAAGUAAUCCAGCAGGGCCGACAGAGCAAGGGCCUGACACAAAAGGAUUUGGCCACGAAAAUCAAUGAAAAACCACAAGUUAUUGCUGACUACGAAUGCGGAAGAGCAAUCCCCAACAACCAGGUUCUGGGCAAGAUCGAAAGAGCCAUCGGCCUUAAGCUACGUGGAAGGGAUAUUGGAAAACCACUUGAGGCUGGCCCAAAAGGGAAAUGAAAACAAAGCCUCGAAAUCAGUUUGUUCAGACUGAUCUCAUCUGGCUGGUGCUCUUUAACCACCAGAAUCUCUCUUCAUAUUGCCAAGCAGAACAAGGAGGUUUCAGACUUGCUUGGGGGGGAUGGGGACCUGCAGAAUUUCUACCUGUUGUAAAAAGGCAAACUUAAGUGAUUUUCCUGAUUUUUGUUUUUUCCUUUCUCCUUUCCGGAGAUUAAGAAACUAAACCCAAUAAAUACUGCAUCUAAUUUUGCCAGAAAA